AUGAAAAGUAUAGUUCUCGGCUGUUGGAAAGUUAACAAACCCGAUCAAAUUGCACAAACUAACCAACCCUUAUUGCAACAAAGGCAGCAACCCCCAAGAAGGGGCAGUUCGGCCGGGGGCGGGAAGGGGCGUGGCCAGAGAGGUGGUGGGGGAGGAGGCGUGGCCAACCCAGCGGCCAGUCAGUUCUACACUGACGAUGGGUUGAGGAUGGUCGCCAGGUCCCAGGAAGUACCCAGCUACACGCACCUCAUCCUCCCGGCACAAGAGGACGACUAUGGCAUUCCGCAGGGGGCCGUCUAUUACGACUUGUCUCAGUUAGUAGUCAAUUUUUAA